CCAAUCCACAAUCCUACAAACCCAAUCAAAGUCUCUUCAAAACCUUCUUCCAACCUUCAAAAUGCAGUUCAUCCUCGCUACCCUCGCUCUCGCUGCCACUGCUCUCGCUGCCGCCACCGGUGGUAAGGAGGGCGCCACCUGCAAGUCUGACCAGCAGGUCGUCUGCAAGGACAACGGCAACGGUGGUAUCCUCACCCUCGGAAACGUCCUCCCCGGUGCCCUCGGUGUCGACUGCUCCGGUGGUGAUGUCUACUGCUGCUCCAGCUCUGACGUUGCUUCCGGCCUCGUUAGCCUCAACGUUGACGCCCAGUGCGACCUCAACCACGUCCUGUAAGCAUCUGUUGCAAUUUUGGUUGCAGGCUUUGGCCAAACAGAUCGCAUCCAUCUCUGUACCAAUGGGAUCGUCU